AUGAGUGGAGGCCUGGCCAUGGGCAGAAGGAAGCCCACAUCUUUAAGACGAGAGGAAAGGAUCCAUGCAAAUGGGGAGAUUAUGAGCGCGCCGCGCUGGAGCGGCAGCGGCAGCGGGAGCAUCGGCCGCCGCCCGCGGCGCAAGUGGGAGGUGUUCCCGGGCCGCAACCGCUUCUACUGCGGCGGCCGCCUCAUGCUGGCCGGCCACGGCGGCGUCUUCGCACUCACGCUGCUGCUCAUCCUCACCACCACCAUCCUCUUCUUCGUCUUCGACUGUCCCUUCCUGGCCCGCCAGCUGACCCUCGCCAUCCCCAUCAUCGCUGCCAUCCUCUUCUUCUUCGUCAUGAGCUGCCUGCUGCAGACCAGCUUCACCGACCCUGGGAUCCUGCCCCGGGCCACCGUCUGUGAGGCAGCCGCUCUGGAGAAACAAAUCGAUAACACAGGCAGUUCCACGUACCGGCCACCCCCUCGGACCCGGGAGGUGAUGAUCAACGGGCAGAUGGUCAAGUUGAAGUACUGUUUCACCUGCAAGAUGUUUCGGCCACCCCGGACCUCACACUGCAGUGUCUGCGACAACUGUGUGGAACGGUUUGACCAUCACUGCCCCUGGGUGGGCAACUGUGUGGGGAGACGGAACUACCGCUUCUUCUACGCGUUUAUUCUCUCCCUCUCGUUCCUGACGGCCUUCAUCUUCGCCUGUGUGGUCACCCACCUGACGCUGCGCUCUCAGGGAAGCAACUUCCUCUCCACUCUGAAGGAGACACCAGCGAGUGUGCUGGAGUUGGUGAUCUGCUUCUUCUCCAUCUGGUCCAUCCUGGGCCUCUCAGGGUUUCAUACUUACCUCGUCGCCUCCAACCUGACAACUAACGAAGACAUCAAAGGCUCGUGGUCCAGCAAGAGGGGCGGUGAGGCCUCCGUCAAUCCCUACAGCCAUAAAAGUGUUAUCACCAACUGCUGUGCUGUGCUCUGCGGCCCCCUACCUCCCAGCCUCAUUGACCGGAGGGGAUUUGUGCAGUCGGACGCCGUGUUGCCCUCGCCCAUCAGGAGCGAUGAGCCAGCCUGCGGAGCCAAGCCUGACGCCAGCAUGGAGGACACCUGUCAGGAUUUUGCCAUCUCCUGCACAGCCUGAGGGGAGCUAACAGGCCUCUUUGCAGAGGGUUAGCUGGUAAGACCGUGUCUCCCCUGUCGGCCAGCACCGCCUAGUCUCCUCACACGCCAUCUCAUCCCCAUCGCAUGCCUUGCCAACCCCAUGGAGCCCAUUCAUCUGUCUGGUGUGUGGUGUGGUGUGUGUGCUGGCGGUGGUAGGGCCCCCAGGGCUCCCCCCUCCCCCCCAAGCAGAAGGACGGGGGCAUGAAGGCAGGGCUGAGGGCCCAGCCCUGCUCUGGACUGAGGAAGCAGCUCCCACUGGAGCAGGAGGUGAAGGGUGAGGUUGGGGAGGGGCGGCGGACCUGCUCGGAGGUGCUUGGGCCUGUUCUGGGGUGUCCUGGUGCGCAGGAGCCCUCAGUCACGAACACCUGUGCCCUGCUUUCCGUCCCCGCUGAGCUUCCCCUGCCCGUGUCUCUGCUGCGUCCUUGCCUGCUGCCCCAGCCGUGGCCCCCCCGCGGGGAAGAGGCAGGGGCCGGGGGG